AUGGCGCCGAACCCCUUUGACCUCGCGCUCGACGCGCUGCUCUUCGCCGUGCCGCUCGCGCACCUCCUCCUCGCGCCGCACACCAAGGUCGAGGAGUCCUUCAACCUGCAGGCCGCUCACGACGUGCUCGUCUACGGCACGCCCACCUCGCCCGCCGCGCUGACCGCCGCCUACGACCACUUCACCUUCCCCGGCGCCGUCCCGCGCACCUUUGUCGGCGCCGUCGUGCUCGCCGGCCUCAGCCAGCCGCUCCUGCUCGCCGGCGUGACGAGCUUCGCCCGCGCGCAGCUGCUCGUCCGCGGCGUGCUGGGGGCGCUCAACGCCGCGAGCCUGCUCGUCUUCCGCCGCGCCCUGGACGGCGCGUUCGGUAGGGGCGCGGGCCGCUGGUGGGUGCUGCUGGUGGUCGGCCAGUUUCACCUCAUGUUCUAUCUGAGCAGGACGCUGCCCAACAUGCUUUCCUUUGGCCUGACUACGCUCGCUUCUGCGUUUCUCCUGCCCAAGGCGACGCCCGCCCUCGCGCGCGCGCGCCAGAACCAGGCCCUGCUCCUGCUCGUCCUCUCCGCCGCCGUCUUCCGCGCCGAGACCGCCCUGCUUCUCGGCAGCACCUGCCUGCUGCUGCUCCUCCGGCGCCGCGCCGCCCUCCGGCAGCUCGUCCCGCUGCUCGCCGCGCUCUCCCUAGGCGCGCUCGCGCUCAGCGUGCCCGUCGACUCGUACUUUUGGCAGCGCCUGCCGCUGUGGCCCGAGCUCGCCGGCUUCUACUACAACGCCGUGCUCGGCUCCUCCUCCGCCUGGGGCACCUCGCCCUGGCACCACUACUUCUCCUCCGCGCUGCCGCGGCUGCUGCUCAACCCGCUCGCGCUGCCCCUCGCCGCUUUUUCGCUGUCGCGGCCGGCCACGGCGCGCGCCGCGGCGGACCUCGUCGCGCCCAACCUGCUCUUCGUCGCCGUCUACUCGGCGCAGCCGCACAAGGAGGCGCGCUUCAUCUUCUACGUCGUGCCCGCGCUGGCGGCGGCCGCCGCCCUCGGUGCCAACUACGUCUUCACCCGGCGCGCCAAGACGCUCGCCUACCGCCUCGCCGCCCUCGCGCUGCCGCUGUCCGUGCUCGCCUCGCUGGCCGCCAGCGCCUCCAUGCUGCUCGUCUCCUCCCUCAACUACCCCGGCGGCGACGCCGUCACCCAGCUCUUGCGCCUCGCGCACGCCUCCUCCGACACCGCCACCGUUCACGCCGACGUCCUCACCUGCAUGACCGGCCUCACCCUCUUCGGCCAGAACCCGCACGGCCUGCCCCUCGCCUACAUGGCACCGUCACCGCAGCUCCCGCCCGGCGUUACCCCGCCGCUGCUGCUGUUCGACAGGACCGAGGACGAGGCGGCGCUGGCGCGGCCCGGGUUCUGGACGCGCUUCGAGUACCUGCUCGUCGAAGACCCCGCCAAGGUCCUGGGCGGCCAGUGGCGCACCGUCGGGGUCGUGCACGGCUACGACGGCAUCGAGGUGCUGCGGCCCGGCCCGGCGGCGGCGGACGACAACGAGGGCGGCGAGGACGGCAUGCCGACGCCGCCGCCGCCCGUGCUCGGCCGCGCCCUCGUCGUGCGCAGGGUUCGCGAGUUUGUCCGGGCCUUGACCCGCGGCUGGUACGCCGGCCCGCGCAUGGCGCCGCGCAUCCACAUCAUGCAGCAGGUCAGAGCACAGUCGAGCCCAGGAAAGGCGGCGACAGCAUAA